CGACGGACAUAUCGCGGAGGUCUCCUGCCGUAGUAACACGGUCGACGUCAACGUGGACGCUUUACGUGCCUCCGUCGUCUUCGGCCACUCGAGUCUCCGAGUCCCGUCCAUCCAAAUCCCGACGGCGCGCGCCGUAUAUCCGUCGCGAAGACCAUCGGGCCACGCCGCCACCUGUCACCUCCCUCGAUCCCGUUACCGCAGAUAUUCCACCGCGUGGAAAACCGAUAUUCGCAUCUUUAAAAAUUUCUCGUGCGCAUCCUGCGAGAGAUUCGGGAGAGGUUCCUCGCGUCGCCGUCGAACGGGACGGUAGCGAAAUUCGGAAAUAAUAUUUGAUCCCGCUCGAGGGGGUUCUCGAGGCUUCAUUGCUGUCUUUCGCGGAAACGUUACUUCGCGAAAAGAAAUUUGCGGAUCACGAAGUAGCUCUCACGCUCCUAGCGCGAGGAAUCCGCCACGAGGAUAUAUAGAUGAGAAGUAUCAAUUCCUCGAAAAGGAAUUUGAAGGGUUUUAUUGCAACGUGCAUUUGCGUGCCUAAAGGACUUCCAACAAUCAUGUGGGGCGCAUUGGAAUCGUUUUUAUUUCUCUUUACGUUGAAAUCAUGCAUCGCCGUGGGAAACGCGUAUCCGACUACCGGCUCAGACGUAGAGCCUGCGAAAAAUAAUAUAAUGAAUCUCAUAAACGACGCAACCGCAUCUGCAGUUACAUCGUAUUCGUGUGUUUAUAUACCAUCGAAUUUAGAUUUAUGUAGAUUUGGUUCUAAAUCCACAGAAAAUCUCUGGGAUCCAAAGCAAAAACUGUCAGUAAAUAAAAAGCGCAAGUUAUUGGAGAAUAAUAAAAUGUAUUUUACGUCACGCCCAUCGAUGCGUGUCCCAGGAACGAAAAAGUUUCAAAGUCAACCAUUCGUAAAAACUAUAAUAUAUGAGAUACAAACUUGCGCACCGCCAAGAUUGCCAUUUGUUCUACCUUGGUGCACCGACGAAGAUCUCACCGAUAAGAAGAGCGAGAUCCACAAGCUUUAUCCCUUCAUGAUAAACGGCUUUCCGAAAGGAACAUACGAAUUUCCUACGAUGUUGCCUUCAAAGGAACUCGAACGAAAUCAGCAUAAUUUGUAAUGCACACUGUGUUGUGUGAAUUAAUUGACGCAUUUAAACGGCUAUUAUAAUAAUCGUGUCUAAAGCUUGACGAUAUUAUAAAAGAUAUACUUAUUGAAUUUCAUAAUUUUUUACUUUUAUUAACUAGUACUCCAUUGACAAAUCUAUUAAUGUGGGUGAGUCAAAAGGAAUAAAAAAAAAUAA